AUGGAUAGUACACAGAAGACUGUGUGGGUCCAGUUUAGGACUCACUAUGUUACGAACAGUGAAGACCUUGUUUUGGGUAUUACUGGUUCCCUCCCAGAGUUAGGACAGUGGAACGCGAGACGAGCUGUACUUGCAGAUGAAAUUCCCAAAAGAUCAGGAGAAUGGGUUGUCUUAAUAGAACUUCCAGCAAAUGUUACGUUUGACUGGAAGUGGGCGGUACUUUCAAAGAAAAACGCCCCGAUGACCGCGUACCGGUGGGAAGAGAGAGAUAAUAGAAGAACUGUACUGCAGGGACGGGGUCGUCGAUGUUACUCCGCGUGGAAUUACGACGCGGCGUAUGAAACCAUCACCAAAUUUCCAGUUGAUGAAUGGAAAUGGAUGGGUGAUGAUGCUCAGGAUGAUAAUGGACAAUCUCCUGAGAGUGAACAUGUUCCCCCGAGGCGUGUAGAUGUAGGCUACCUUACUAGUGUCGUGGUAUCCUCCUAUCAGGGUAUCCGACACAAAGUGGUAGCCUUUUGCCAAUCGGUUUUCAGAAGAGGGUGA